AAUCGAUUUGUUUUGUUGUGGGUCAAGCACUGAUCCUGGACUUUGCCGCGGAGGUGAGAUUGUAAUUGGUCCAAGUGAAGAUACUACGAUAAAAGCCCAUCGCAACAGCAAACUAUUUAGUUCUUCAAAAUGCCUGGCUUCAUCCCUGAUUCCGAUAGUGAGGACGAACUGCCCCCGGGCUGGGAAGAGAAGGCUGCAACAGACGGACAUGUCUUCUAUGUAAACCAUAAAUUAAAAUCAACACAGUGGACACACCCACGAACAGGCAAAAUGAAACGUGUAUCCGGUGAGUUACCAAUUGGUUGGGAAAGACGCACAGAAGAAGGCUCCGACCAGAUCCUUUUCUACAACAAAACGACGAACCAAAGCACCUACACCGAUCCACGUCUGGCCUUCGCAGUGGAGGAGCAGACACAGAACGUCCGAGAUGUUCGACAACGAUUCGAUGCAAGUUCAACGGCAUUGCAGGUGUUGCAUGGAAAGGAUUUGUCUGGGAAGUUGGCUGUUAUCACCGGGGCGAAUGCCGGGAUCGGGUUGGAGACAGCGAAAUCCUUGGCGUUUCAUGGAUGCGAGGUGAUAUUGGCUUGCAGAAAUGAGCAAUCAGCCUUGGAAGGAAUCAAAAUGAUUACUAAAGAGAAGCAGUUGGCUGGGAGGAAGUGCAGUUUUAUGAAGCUUGACUUGGCUUCUUUGGAGGCCACUAAGCGAUUCACUGAUGAAUUGAAGACUAAAGUCAGGCAUAUUGACUAUUUAAUAUUGAACGCUGCUGUUAUGGGAUUACCCCAUACAUUGACGGUUGAUGGCUUGGAAAUUACGUUCCAAGUUUGUCACCUUUCACAUUUCUAUUUAACGCUUGAGCUGGAAUCACUUCUGGACCAUAAUUCACGUGUUGUAAUCGUUUCAUCAGAAUCACACAGAUUCGCGAAUCUUCCGGUUGACCACUUGACCGAGCCGAAACUAUCACCGCCGGCUCGCAGCUUUUGGAGUAUGAUGGCCUACAACAAUGCAAAACUAUGUAAUGUGCUUUUUGCACGGCAGUUGGCCAAGAACUGGCAACAGCGUGGUAUCUCCGUAUUUGCCCUCCAUCCCGGGAACAUGAUAUCAACAAGUUUGAGCCGCAACUAUUGGAUUUACCGACUUUUGUUCGCCGUCGUGCGACCAUUCACCAAGUCGCUGCAACAAGGGGCCAGCACGACCGUCUACUGCGCAACGGCCGACGAGCUGAAGGGCUUGACUGGAUUGUACUUCAAUAAUUGCUUCUUUUGUGAGCCGAGCAAGUUAGCACAGAACGACGCCAUGGCAGAGAGUCUGUGGAAGAUCAGCGAAGAGAUGAUUGCAUCGAGACUGAACAGGAAGGCGAUGUAGUGCGCCAGCAGUGGGUCAAAUGGGUUCAAGGCAGUGUAAACAACUGAGGAGUUCUUUAAGUAUGAAUUAUUAUUCACUAUUAAUUUUUUCAUAUCCUUAUACAUGUACCUUGAUUUUUUUUCAUUAAAUAAAUUACAACUAAGUGUAUGAAAAUA